UGAAACUCUCGGUGGCUGGAGCCGGUGGACUGGGCAUGCUCAGAAGCCAGGGCUGGCUUUGGGCUCAAGUAGGAAGCUUUUGCACUCGGGAGGCAGCGGCGACUUUGGGGAAAGUUGAUCGGAGAAGGGAGGAAGCCCCAAGACGCGGAGCAGCGGCAGGAAGGAGCCCCCGGCAGCCCGGAGGAGCAUGGGCACCCUGCGGGAUUUACAAUACGCGCUCCAGGAGAAGAUCGAGGAGCUGAGGCAGCGGGAUGCUCUCAUCGACGAGCUGGAGUUGGAGUUGGAUCAGAAGGACGAACUGAUCCAGAAGCUGCAGAACGAGCUGGACAAGUACCGCUCGGUGAUCCGGCCGGCCACCCAGCAGGCGCAGAAGCAGAGCGCCAGCACCUUGCAGGGUGAGCCGCGCACCAAGCGGCAGGCGAUCUCCGCUGAGCCCACAGCCUUCGACAUCCAGGAUCUCAGCCAUGUGACCCUGCCUUUCUACCCUAAGAGCACACAGUCAAAGGAUCUCAUAAAGGAAGCCAUCCUUGACAAUGAUUUCAUGAAGAACUUGGAACUGUCCCAGAUCCAGGAGAUUGUGGAUUGUAUGUACCCGGUGGAGUAUGGCAAAGACAGUUGCAUCAUCAAAGAAGGAGAUGUGGGGUCACUGGUGUAUGUCAUGGAAGAUGGGAAGGUUGAAGUUACAAAAGAAGGUGUGAAGCUGUGCACCAUGGGUCCAGGAAAAGUGUUUGGAGAGUUGGCUAUUCUUUACAACUGUACCCGGACAGCGACCGUCAAGAGUAAGACUUUUUAUAUAUUUCAGUUACUUUCGAUGUUCUUUAUUCCCUAAACCAGUGAAAUGUUGAUUAACUGACCCGUGCCUCUUGAUUUGCUCUUUGUAAUUUUAUUAAACUACAUUUUAAUUUUUGCCUUGUGAUACAGUAGAUGUAUGUUUUUUCCUACUAAAGCAUAAUUGUUAACAAUCAAUUCUUCCUAGCUGACUAUUAUGAAAAUUAUUCUUUUAAACAUAAAUUCUUACAGAUUAGAAUUUACAAAAUGAUAUAAUUUUAUAAAGUAAAAUUAAACAGGAGCAAGACUUUUUCUUUUUCUGUCUUUAAA